CACAUUUAAAAUUGAGGUUAUCUCUUGAUUGUUUAUAGUACAUUCGAAAUGGCUCUUUGCGAAGCGGAAAAAACAUUUAUUUUACAUAGUGUCGAAGAAAAUUUUCGAAUUGAUGGCAGGCAAAGAGGUGAUUAUCGUCCAAUGGAAUUGGAAACAAACAUUGUUGCUCCAUCAUUUGGUUCUGCAAGACUUCGAUUAGCAAAUACUGAUGUACUGGUUUCAGUCAAAUUAGAAAUUGAUUCACCAACAUUAGAGCAACCAAAAUUAGGAAAAAUUGAAUUUUUUGUUGAUUGUUCAGCUAAUGCUACACCAGACUUUGAAGGAAGAGGUGGAGAUAAUUUAGCAACUGAGAUAUCAAAUUGUUUAUCAUCUGCAUAUAAAUCAAGUACAGCUUUUGAUGCUGGAAAAUUGUGUAUUCUGAAAGGAUCAAAAUGCUGGAAACUGUAUGUUGAUAUAUUAUUAUUAGAAUGUGGAGGAAACUUAUAUGAUGCAGUUUCUUUGGCAGUAAAAGCUGCAUUAUGGGAUACAAGAAUCCCAUUAGUAAAGUCUGUUGUUGUUGAUGGCAACAAAGUAGAUAUGGAAGUAUCGGAUGAAUUAUUUGAUUGUGAAAGGUUGGAUGUAACUGGCGCUCCAAUAAUGGUUACAGUUUGUAAAAUUGGUGACCAAUGUAUUGUUGAUCCAACGACUGCUGAAGAACAUUGUUCUGGAGGUUCUGUUGUGGUGGCAGUUUCUAAAUCAAAUUUCAGCACUAUAUUGCAAACAGGAGGAGGAUCCUUGCAUCCAAUGACACUAUUAGAAAGUUUAAAAUUGGGUCAAACAGUGGCUCAAAGAUUAGAUUCUACCUUAAUAAACACAUUGAAGCAAAUAAAUGAUAAUUCUACAGAUGUUGGCUUCUUAAAAUAAAAUUAUACAAAAGCCUA